UGGCGUUUCCUCCUCCCGCGGCCAGGUAAAGCCUUCCCGACCCGGCACCGGCCUCCCACCCGCGCAACUCGCUCCGGCUCGCCUCAGGGUUUUUUUUUUUUUUUUUUCCCUUUCCCUUCCUUGUUUUCCCUCCCUUUUUUCCCCCCUUUUCCCCCCGUUUUCCGGGCCAGGCCCGUCCCCGCGCGGGGGGAUGAGCAGCGGGCUGGUGGACGCCGCGGUCUUGGCGCCGCUCAAACCCGUCACCAUGUCCGGGGACCCCCACGAGGACACCCCGGUCUUCGAGGACAUGAAAGCCCCUUCCCGGCCCCUGGAGAACCCCCCCGACCUGGCGCAGCUGCACCCCAUGAGGAUGGACCAGCGGAUGCCACCGCUCAUCCUGGAGGCACGCUCGGAGAUGGACAAGUACCUGUCCAGCGAGGUGCCGCCCAUGCCGAUGCUCCCGGACAAGAAGUACCGCCGGGAGAGCGCCUCGGUGGUGGACGAGUUCUUCUCCACGGAGAAGCCCAGCUCCACGCCCUACAGCGUGAACAUCAACGUCAUCCUGCCGGACACCACGCACCUGCGCACGGGGCUCUACCGGCCCCCCAAAUCCAUGGCCCCCUUCCCUCAGAUCAAAACCGAGCCCGGCACCGGCUUCUCCCAGCCCUGCUCGUCUGCCUCUGGCCCCACGCAGACGCUGCCCGACUUCACCAGCGUGUUCAGCAUGCCCCAGUCGGUGGCGGUCAACAACAUCUUCAUCAAGCAGGAGAUGCCCGCGGAGAUCCCGUUAUCCGCGCACCCGCAGCAGUCCCAGCUCUUCCAGCUGCCCCUGGGCGGUGCCGGCGCCGACAUUCCCACCCUGGCGUCCUCCUCCAGCAGCAGCACCACGGCCAUCAGCUGCCUCAGCGGGGUCACCAUGUCCACGGGCUCCAUGGCCAGCGUGGCCCACAGACCUGUGCAGCCAGCAGGGCCCCUCAAGCAGUACCCGCACGUGGCCCAGGGACAGGGAAGCUUCGGGAACAUCCCCGGGCAGUUCUACCCCGCCCCAGGGGUGACUCUGCCCCCCUCGCCCCCCAACUCGCAGCCCGGCAGCCCCGAGAACCAACCCGAGCUCAUCAACACCAUCUCUCCCCCGCCGUCCUACGAGGCCACUUUUGGACUGAAGCUGGUCCAGUCGUCCCAGAUCCCCCCAGUCCCCAACGGCAUCGGGGGCCUCUCCCAGGGGCACAUCGUGAUGCAGCCCCCCAAGUACAACCGGCGCAACAACCCCGAGCUGGAGAAGAGGAGGAUCCACCACUGUGACUACCCAGGUUGCUCAAAGGUUUACACCAAGAGCUCCCACCUGAAGGCACAUCAGAGGACUCACACAGGCGAGAAGCCCUACAAAUGCACGUGGGAAGGCUGUGACUGGCGCUUCGCCCGCUCGGACGAGCUCACCCGGCACUACCGCAAGCACACGGGGGCCAAGCCCUUCAAGUGCCUGGCCUGCGGCCGCUGCUUCUCCCGCUCCGACCACCUGGCCCUGCACAUGAAGAGGCACCAGAAUUAGGAGCCGCCUCCCUUCCCACUUCUCCGAGAGCAGCUCAAACUCUUCCCGUCUCCCAGGGAAGAACCUGUACAUAGGAAUGACCCCGCGCCGCGAUCAACCGAGGCGGCAGGAGAGCUCCUGCCAGCCUGGCCCCGACUCUGGUUUCACAAGAGACUGAAACCCACCCAGCUCAUUUCAGACGAGCCCUGAUUGCAGACUGAGCUCCUGACGAGCCUCCUGGUGGCACCGGGCCGACAGAGCCAGGAUUCCCAAGGGCUUUCUUCCAGCAGUCCUGCUAUUUAUUUGUCACUCAGGAGCGACUUCAUGUCUCAAGGCCUUUUGGGACGGUUUUUGCCCCUUUGGUGAGGUCCAGGAGGAUGUGACAGCUUGGCUGUGACAGGUCUCACUUGGACCCUCUUGGCCAGUCCCAUGGCAUGGCCAUGGAUGUGGCACCACAUCCCUUGGUGUGACCAUGGAUAUGACACUCUGUCCCAUGGUGUGACCAUGGAUGCGGCACCGGUGCCAUGGUGUAACCAUGGAUGUGACCCCUGUCCCAUGGUGUGACCAUGGAUGUGACCCCUGUCCCUUGGUGUGACCAUGGAUGUGGCACCGUGUCCCUCGGUGUAACCAUAGAUGUGACCCCUGUCCCUUGGUGUGACCAUGGAUGUGGCACCGGUGCCGUGCCAGAACAGGAGCCAUGCCCAGGGCUCUUGGGGGUGACAAUCCCAGUCUCUGUGGGGGCAUAGAAGAACAGACCUGUGACAAACUCACCCUUCAAACAAGGGACAGCACAAAAGCAGGUGACAAAAGCGUCACCUGUGUCCCACUGAGCCCAUUGCUGGCAGCCACCUCACGCGGGACUGCCAACGCCUGCCCUGCCUGGUCAGGUUUUUAUGGUUGUGUCCUUAGCAUUUCUGCUUCCAAGAGGAAUCUGGACUUCAGGUGUCGCUGGGGGGACCAGCCUGGGUUUGAAGCUACCCAGGGGACAGCAAAAGAGCCACUGCUGAAGGUCUGGAGUCCCAGAAUCCACCAGUGGUGCCCUUCCCCAAAAUCCUCCCACAAGGACUCGGUGGCCACCGGUCACACCGGGCCUGUGCUGUUGCCAUUCCAUCAGAUGGGGAAAAACAAAAAAGGGAAAAAAGCAUCUGGGAACCAAAUUCCAAUAAAUCCUGCAGCUCAGAGUGGAAUCUGGAAUCACAUGACUACCUCACAGGUUCACCGCCUCCGGCUCCCUAAGCUCCUUACCCCCAUCCCAUGGGAUGCACAUCCCUGUUCUCCAAAGCCUUCCAGGGGUUAAAUUUGGGCACAACAAGAGCCAGUUCCAAGAGCAGCUGGGAGGGUUGUAAAUAAAUCAGGAACAAAUAACGGGCCUGCUGUGUCCAACAGAAUAUUGAUUUCUUCCACGCCCGCCUCCUCUCUUAUUUUUCCUUGGAUAAAUUCGGGUGGCGCACGGACUGAUGUGUGGGAUGGAAGGCUGGACCAUGGCAUGGCCAGGUGGCUGGAAUUUGGAGGCCACUCCUCUCUGCUGUUGCCAAAGCCACUGCUGGCUUCCUGGUUGUUCUAUUCCUUGGAGAAACAGAACCAACCCCAACCCCGCCGCUCUGUUUGGCAGGAGAGGAGGGCAGGAAGGAUUUGGGGUCGAUGUUGUGCUGUAGGCUUUGGGAUGGACGAUGGUCCAGCUCUGCGGCGACUCCUCCUGUGGCUCUUGAGCCAGGACAGGGAGGGUGGGAGUGGAGGGGGUGACAGGUCAUGGAAUUGCUGGGUGGUUUUCCCAACAGUGGGAGCAGUUUUCCAGCCCUCAGCACCAACCUCCACGCCCCAGGGUGGUUUUUUCGGGGCACCUCCUGUGGUUGAAGCUCCCCAAGGCAGGAGCCAAAGCACAAAGCACAAGGUCCCCGCGUGCGUCACCCUCAGCCCCACCCACGGCCCUCUCAGAGGGGUCUCUUCACCCCCCUCUGCUUCUUCCCAUCCCUAAUUCCCCUCUCUCCCCACCCUGUGAUGCUGAUGGAGCCCAAAACCAGUUUGCUGAAAACCAGCACAAAGCCAAACCCACCAACAGGCAGCUUGAAAUCCGAGGGGAGUUGGACACGAUUUUCCUGCUAAUCUUGGGAAUUUUUUUCCCUACAGCCUCUGCUUGUCCUCCCCUGGACUCUGUGUGUGUAAAUAUAUAAAUAUAUAUAUUUUUUUUUAAAUUUGAUGAGGGGCAGAAGUGUUUUAGCACCCAGCCACUGCUCUGCAUGCAAAGUCCUCACGUGCAAAUGCUUCUUUGUUUUGAAAAAUGAAAAUCAUGGCAAAUCCUCGGCUUUUAUUCCUUUAUUUUCCUAUGGACAGAGUGGACAGCUCUGGGUUUGCGUUGGUGGCCGAGGGCAGUUGUUUUUGGGGAGAAAUCCGGGGAGAUGGGGAGUGGUGCUGGUGGAGCCUUGUGACACUCAUGACAAACGACGGUCCCUCCCUCCCCGGUCCCCUGGGACACUUUGGGAAAGCUUUGCAAGGAGUGGAUCAAACGCUGGAAUGUGGGUGCCCCACCUCUGUUUGAGAACGGGGAGAAAAUCGCUGUAAAUAGGCCAAAAGUGCUGUGUGACUCCGGGGGUUCUUCCAGGUGAUCCUUUAUUAUCCAAGAUGAGCACAAUGGGAAAGAAAUUGGGACCUGGAAAAUGUGGGGAGGGAAGAUUUCUUUUCCUGGAAUGCUGUGUUUGUUAAAGAGCCCCUCUCCCCCACCAAACUCCCCCAGGAAUAUUGAUCCAUCUCCUAUUUUGUAAUAAAAUUUUAUCACCUGCA